AAUAAUACAGGAAUAGUUCAACAUUUUGGUUAAUCACUUUAUCUGCUUUCUUGUGAAGAGUUAGAUAAGAAGGUUGAUACCACUCUCUUAAUGUCUGCAUGAUAAAUAUAUGCAUGAAAUGGUGAACUAAUAUGGCUAGAUUUGAAGGUUAUUAUUAUGGAUAAUAAUGGUAUAUGAUUCACUUAUGGGGUUUCUUGUAUAUGUUAUAUAUUUAAUAAUAGGGAGUAGCCCUUCCUGCUGGCAAAACAAGAGAGGACAGCCAGAGUUGUCAUACUUAUUGUUAUUAAAAAAACAUUAGUCCCCUUAAUAAUCUUAAAUAUAGUUUCAGACGGUUGGUCUUUUUAGGUUAAGUGAUUGAGAUGCAAAACAAAUAAACAAGUUCACUUUUAGUUACACACACUAUUACUAUUACAUACUAUUAUUUGAGAUGGUAUGCAGUCCCCUGAAUCUGUUAAUCUUAUUACAUUGACAUGAUUGAUAAUUUCAUAUUAUGGUUUGUAGAUGUGGGAUGGAAAUGAGCAGAAUGGGACUAAACAUGAUAUUUGUGCUUUAAUAAAUUACGGUACACUUCCUGAUUUAAGGAUUGUUGAAUAAUAAAUUACAUACACACACAUACUAACAUUAUUGAUGGUCUUAAGACCUUAAAUCCUGACUCCAUCUUUGUUCUCCUGCAUCUGGAUGCCAACGGCAGCAGCAGGUGGUCCAGGCCACAGGUACACUUCAGGUACAUCAGGUACACUUCAGGGUAUUCUCAGUAUGCAGUGGGGUCUCCAGCUGGGUCUGGUGCUUCUGGUGGUCCAGCUGUACCAGGAGGGUAUGGGAAACAUCCCAGCAGUCACCCUGGCUGUGCUGGGAUUCAAUGUGUAUCUUUACAUAUUCCCUGCUGCUCCACCGAUCAAGGCCUGUGUGAGCCUCCAACGUGUGUACAGGGAUAAAGAGUGGGGUCGCCUCUUCCUGUCUCCCCUGCACCACCUGGAUGACCUGCACCUCUACUACAACAUGGUGUCCUUCCUCUGGAAAGGCAUCAGGCUGGAGAGACGUCUGGGUGCAGCCUGGUUCCUCUACCUGCUGUCAGUCUUCUUUCUGCUCACUGGACUCGUCUACCUGCUGCUGCAGGCAGCGCUGACGAAACUCAUCGAAGACUCCGAUCCGUUGGUGACGUUCAGAGAUGAGUGUGCCGUCGGCUUCUCAGGAGUCCUGUUCGCUCUGAAGGUGGUUAGUAACCAUUACAACCCGGGUGGCGUGACCUACGUGUUGAAUCUCCGCGUGUCCAAUCGCAUUGCUAGCUGGAUGGAGCUUGUGCUGAUCUAUCUAAUCGCUCCCUGGACCUCUUUGGUUGGCCACCUGGCAGGUAUCUUGGUGGGCCUGCUCUACACUUGGGGUCCACUAAAGUUCAUCAUGAAGAAAUGUGCAGAGUUUGUAUCUUCAGAUGGAAAUGCUCCACGGCCUAGUUCAUUCUUCAGCUCUUCAGGUUACAGCGGGACUAGACAAGAAUACUCAGAAGAUCCUCAGCAUGCAGAAGAUCAUAUUGCAGAUGAUAGAUCUGAAUAUGCAGAAUCUUAUAUCGCAGGACUGACAGAGGAAGAGCAGAUAGAAAUUGCGAUCAGAAAAAGCCUGAAGGAUGGAGGACAAACCAGGCAGAGAAGAACUGAGCACCCCACUGAGGAGGAGCAUACAGAUCAUAUUCCAGAUGAUACAUCUGAAUAUACAGAAUCUUAUGUCACAGGACUGUCGGAUGAAGAGCAGAUAAAAAAGCUGAUCAGAAAAAGCCUGAAUGAUGGAGUAAGAACCAGGCAGAGAAAAACUGAGGACCCCACUGAGGAGGAGGUGAGUCGUGAGGAGCUGAGGAGGAGGAGAUUGAGGAGGUUUAGACAAGACGUUUCCAACCAGAGGAGACGAAGAGUGUAAUAACAGAAUGAGAAUUCACAAUAUCUCUUAUCAUCAGUCUCUUAGUUACAGACCAUCCCAGCCGUGAUUUUAUUGUCUAGUGUGGUGGUGUACUGAACGUUGUUGCUGCUCAUUAUAUUCUGGUCUGUUGAUGCUUCAGCAGGGAGAAACUGUACAAAGCUUAGCUUAGCACAAAAACUGGAAACAGCUAGCCUGGCUCUGUCCAACCGUAACAAACUCUGCUUACCAGCACCUCUAAAACACACUAUGUGUUUGUAUGAAUGGGUCAUUUUGGAUGUUCAAUGUUCAAGAGUGUAAACUGGUUUGUUGAUUUUUUGUUUACAAGAUAUUUUUGCACAAUAAAGAUUUACUGCUCUCCAAAUUCUGGGAGCACUU